UUGCAGGAAGGACACACUGAUGGUCUCGGUUUGAUAUUUCUCUAUCAGUAGAUUAACGGAGGAUCAAUAAUCAUCAUAAAUGAGUUGUGUGGGAUUAACGGUUGUUUACAUCCUUUAAUCUGACCUCCGCACACACAAACACUGAGCUUAAAGCUUCUGCUGCAGGAAAACAGCAGCAGGGGUCAGAGGUCACUGAACAACUGACUGCUGGAACCACGGUUCAGAAAUACUGCACAGUAACUUUAUUAAGAGUAAGAGUACUUCAUUAAGAGUAAGAGUAGUUUAUUAAGAGUAAGAGUACUUCAUUAAGAGUAAGAGUACUUCAUUAAGAGUAAGAGUACUUCAUUAAGAGUAAGAGUACUUCAGUAUUUGUAGUAUAACGAACCUGUUUCUAUCAACAACAAACUAAUCUGAUUCCAGUGAAUUAAUCUGCUUAAAGGCUUUAAAUCUGUUUGUUUUUACAUUAUUAUUGAUCACAUUGUAUGUUUAUGGAUGAUUAUUAUUAUUAUUAUUAUUAUUAUUUGAGUUCUCAGCCUCAGAAACAGUCAGUCAGUAAGGGGGCACGGAGUGCAGAACUGAUCCAACCUACAGGGGGCAGCCAUGUUUGUGUGAUAUGAUGAAGAUUUGAACAGUGUGCAGUUUCUGCCACUAGGGCUUCUCUCACAUCCAAACAGCAAGUGUGAUGAGGUGUUGCAGCAGCGUGCGUUACACCAGUAAUACGAGGCGGAUAUUGUCCCUUUAACCUGUCUCACUGCUGCAGUUUGAGCCUAAAAUAAUCCGAUAUUUCUGUGAUCUAAUGUCAACAAACGGAUCAAUAUGAUGCUGAAAUAACCACAUCAUGACACAUCACACAGCGUCCUGGUGUCUGCUGUCCCAGGAGUCCUUGCUGCAGCGGUUGUCAGUUGAUUAAAGGCAAAAACAACAAGAAGUCACUAUUUGGAGAAGAUUUUGGCAUUAAAGUUCCUCCAUAAAGUCCGAAUCCUGACUUUAAACUAAAAACUCAAAUAAUGUUUCUACAAUAUUGGCCCUAAAUCUCUUCCAUACAGGGAAUAAUUAAAACAUCAUGUAACUUUUUAAGAACUGGUUUUGGCACUAACGGUCUUCCAUACCUCCAAACACCUGAACACACCUGACAGAGAGAGAGAGAGAGAGAGAGAGAGAGGUUGAGGUGUCUCAGUCUUAGUUCUGGAUCCAGAGGAUCAACAUGGCUCCUGGCAGCAGGGGGACCGGACUCUUCAGGACCCUCCUGAUCCGCUGCAGGACCCCGGGACCGGGUCAGACCAGGACCGGACUACACAGAUGUCUGUCGUCCCUGCCGCCACCUGGGACCUGGACCUCCGAGCUGUCCCGGCUGUCCCACCGGGAUCUGCACCGGCUCUCGGUCACGGAUCCGGAUCUGUUCUGGGGGUCCGCCGCCGCUGACAGACUCCGCUGGAUGAAACCGUUCCACCGGGUCCGGGACUGCGAGCUCAGCAGCGGGAAGAUCAGCUGGUUCCUGGGAGGGAAGCUCAACGUGUCCGAAAACUGUCUGGACGUUAAUGUUGAGAAACAUCCGGACCGAGUGGCUCUGAUCUGGGAGCGAGAUGAACCUGGCACUGAGGUCAAGAUUACCUACAGAGAGCUGCUGGAGACCACAUGCCGCCUCGCCAACACCCUCAAGAGCCAUGGGAUCCAAAAGGGGGACAGGGUGGCCAUUUACAUGCCGGUGUCGCCGCUGGCGGUGGCGGCCAUGUUGGCGUGCGCCCGUAUCGGUGCGGUGCACACUGUUGUGUUUGCUGGCUUCAGCUCCGAGGCUCUGGCAGGGAGGAUUCAGGAUGCGCAGUGUAAAGCCGUGCUCACCUGUAAUGAAGGUGUGAGGGGCGGCCGACUCGUCAAACUGAAGUCGACGGUGGACGCGGCGGUGAAGAGCUGCCCGACUGUCCAACACGUGUUUGUUUCUCAGAGGACGGAGACGCCAACUGUGAUGGGAGAGCUGGACGUCCCCCUGGAGGAGGUGAUGUCCUCUCAGUCUGCUGUCUGUCCUGCGGAGCCUUUGGACAGUGAAGAUCUUCUGUUUCUGCUGUACACAUCAGGAAGUACGGGAAAACCUAAAGGCAUCGUCCACACACAGGCUGGAUACCUGCUGUACACCUCACUGACACACCAGUACGUGUUCGACUACCGGGACGGCGACGUGUUCGGCUGCGUGGCAGACGUCGGCUGGAUAACGGGACACAGCUACGUGGUGUACGGCCCGCUGUGCAACGGCGCCACCACCAUCCUGUUUGAGAGCACACCUGUUUACCCAAACCCAGGCAGGUACUGGGAGACCGUGCAGCGUCUGGGGAUCAGUCAGUUCUAUGGGGCUCCGACGGCUCUGCGUCUGCUGCUGAAGUACGAUGACAGUUGGGUGAAGAAGUACGAGCGCUCGUCUCUGAGGACGCUGGGAUCAGUGGGAGAGCCCAUUAACCACGAGGCCUGGCACUGGUUCCACAGUGUGGUUGGAGACGGACGCUGUCCUUUAGUGGACACCUGGUGGCAGACAGAGACCGGUGGUGUCUGCAUCGCCCCUCGCCCUGCAGAGGAUGGAGCUCCCAUCAUCCCAGCGAUGGCGAUGAGGCCGUUCUUUGGCAUCCAGCCGGUUCUCAUGGGAGAGAAGGGGGAGCUUCUGUCCGGUAACUGUGUCAGUGGCGCUCUGUGUAUCAGCCAGCCGUGGCCCGGGAUGGCUCGCAGUAUCUACGGGGACCACCAGAGAUUCAUCGAGGCGUAUUUCAAACCGUAUCCUGGUUGUUAUUUCACUGGGGACGGCGCGUACCGCUCAGAGGACGGCUACUACCAGAUAACCGGCCGCAUGGACGAUGUCAUCAACGUCAGCGGCCAUCGUCUCGGCACGGCGGAGAUCGAGGACGCUCUGGAUGAACAUCCAGCUGUUCCAGAAACAGCUGUGAUCGGAAUCCCACAUGACAUCAAAGGAGAAGUGCCAUUUGCCUUCGUCGUCCUGAAGGAGGAGUUCGGUGACGACCCCGCCGCCAUCCUUCAGCAGCUCCGGGAACUCGUUACCACAAAGAUCGCCAAAUACGCCGUCCCGGAGCACUUCCUGGUGGUGAAGCGGCUGCCAAAGACUCGCUCCGGGAAGAUCAUGAGGCGGAUCCUCAGGAAGGUCGCCGUGGAGACGAGCGGCGACCUCGGUGACGUGUCGACUCUGGACGACCCGUCUGUGGUCGGCGAGAUCGUGGACGCCCACGAGCGCUACAGGAAGCGGAGAGCAGAGGAGGAGAAGAAGAAGAAGUAAGAGGGAGGAGCAACUUCAUGUCCUUCAAAGCCGCCAAGCAGGUCCUCCUCAGGUACAGAUGACAUCAUCAUCCUCAUCCUCAGAGACGAUGCUCUUACCCACAAUCCCCUGCUCCUGUGUGAACUGCGGGUCAUUAUUCAAUCUGAAUGAAUAUUAUAUAGUAAAGUGAUUUUAUCCGUUUACUCAAUAAAAUCACAUUUCUGACGUUUUGAUUAUAAAACAAAUAUUUCAUCAUUUUAAACUUGAUUUUCAUUUUCAAAAUAUCAGAAUCAAGUUUGAAUUCUGACUUUAUUCACUAAUCUUUCAGUUUUAACAGAUGAAUAUUUUGUGAACAGAUUUUAUGAUUUAUAGUUUUGCUGAAAUCGUUUAUUGACAGUUAAUUAAGAAAUAAACAAAUAAACAAAU